AGUACCUGAUAAACUUAAUGCUUAAAUUUUUGUUCUAAAUUUCGACUUCUUCAUCGUUAUUAAGAGUCUCCAAUUGUAACUCUGACUCCGUGAAAAUAGACUCCAGCUUGUCCACGAGAAUAGGAAUCCCAUGGGAAACGUCCCAUGGUAUGGGAUGGGAAAGCACACAAUUGAAUAUCCCAUGGGACGCGAAAAUCGUACGAUUUUCGGGGAAAUGAUGGUAAACGGGUCAUUUAUGCAUAUAUUUAAAAAUCACUCUUAUUUUCUAGGAUGGUCUCCGUGCUCCGUUACGUGCGGCACUGGAAAGCAAACAAAGAGAGUUUGCAGAACUUUUUUUGGGAAUUGUGAAACAUAUACAAAAGUCUGCAAGACGAAUAAAGAAUGCCCACAUUCGCUGCCUGACCCGAAUCCUAAACCAUUACCGACUUGGAACUUCCCUUGCUCUGCGAAAUGUGGCGGCGGCCGCUCCUGUGAUUACAGAGGAGUUUGCCAACAGUGCAACUUACAGCCAUGCGUGAAAGGAUGGGGAGAAUUCACGAAAUGUUCGAAAGAAUGUGGCGGAGGAACAAGAUUCAAGGUUGACCCUUGCCGCCUGGCCAUUGAAGAAUGCAAGAAGACUUACGAAGAUUGUAACGUUAAACCUUGUCCUUGGAUUCCAUCUUGCCAGUCUGGAUAUUCGUAUCGAUACGGCGCCGAGUCUGAAUGUUGCAGGAAACACGACGAGACAUGCGGAGUUCAUUUAGAGAGGAAUACGUUCCAACGUAUUUUUGGAGGGAGCGUGUCCAUGCUGGGAGAGUGGCCAUGGGUGGCAGUCAUGGUGUCCAAGAAAACUGCUUUAGCUUGGUGCGGGGGGAGCAUCAUACAUAAGAGAUGGAUUCUGUCAGCUGCACAUUGCACGAGAGGGUAUGCGAGUCUUUUCCCAGCUCAAGAUUAUUACAUCCUAGUUGGCAGUAUAAAAAUCAGCAAUCCUUCUGACAAUAGCCAGAGAAUAGAAAUUCAAAAAUUUCACCCACACGAAGAUUACGAGCAUCCACUGGCAACGGCAGAUAUAGCUUUGAUAGAAUUGAAGACCGACAUCACGAUUAGUUCACAGGCCAGACCAAUCUGUCUUCCAAAACUAGAAAGAGUUCCUGAGGAUACCAACUGUGUCAUCGCUGGAUUCGGAUUUUCCGAGACGAGCAAUGGCGCCCCUUCUGAUGAUCUACGACAUGUAACUUUGCGAGUACUGCCUAUAGAUGCCUGUCGGAACGCCUUGAAGAUAAUACCUGAAACUCGAUAUAUAUCGAGCUUAAAAAACCUCUGUGUUGGUAGGUUUAGUGAUGGAAAGGAUGCAUGCGAGGUGGACAGCGGAAGUGCGGUAGUCUGUCAGAGAUGCAGAUCUUGUACCUGGUACGUUGCUGCAACGCUAUCUUACGGAACUGGUGGCAAAAUAUGUGAUAAAAACACACCCGGUGUGUAUAUGAGAGUCGAGCAUUUCGAGGGUUGGAUUAAGAAAAUAUCCAAAAUAGAAUCAUCUGGAGCUUUCUUCUGCUAAUUGGUGGAUUCUACAUGAGCACGCCCACAAAAACAUGCUGAUUGGUAGAUUUCAUAUAGCCACGCCUCUAUGAGGAAUGUAUUGUAAUAUCAUAGCGAUUUUUGUGAAAUGUUUGGAAAUAAAAGAAACAUUGUCUCAAU